UAAAAAUUGAUUCGCGAUUUGUUCUCGGCUUAAAAUGAAUUAAAUGUUAUUGUUUUUGCACCGAAAAAAACUAAAAAGUCGCAACGUUAAGAAAUCCCAUUGGUCAAACGAACUUAACUCGAACAAUUGAACAACUGCCAAAGACUAGAGCGUAUGUGAAGCAAAAGGCGUGUGUUCCAUGCAUACCAACCGAUAAGAAAAAAAACGGUAAAACGAAAGCUAUUAAAGAAACGAAAGAAAUUUUAAUUUGAUUAAAAGAAAGAAAAAAAAACAAAACGCGUGUGCCGCAAAAUUUUGCAAAAAUCGCAACAAAAAAGUGUAUGUCAAAUAGGAAAAUGUGGCUCCGCCAGCGAUAACGGUACUCCAAUGCGCUCUCUCGCACGCACACAGACACACCGCACACAACUACUACUGCCAUUAGCGAAUCCUGACCAACAGCCGCACCUUUAAAAGUGGGCGUAGGUAGAGAGAAAUUACUAUGCAAAUUUUCAAAUAGUGAUGUCUGCCAAAAGUUUAAACAAAUGCAAGCUGGCUUAAACUUAUACCUUGGCUAAUUCCAAUACACACCUAUACACGCACACACACUCGCAUUCCCACGCAGGGAGAGAAGGAAAGAAAAGAAAAGGAAAGGAGUGGAGAGGAGAGGAUAGAAAAGUAAGAAGAAGAAGAAGAAGAAGCAGCAUCGGCGCGUUGGAGAAAUGUGCGGGAAGAGAAAAUUGAAAAUAAACGUGUAGUAGAGAAUUUUUGAAACGCUCAUACGCACUCACACCUCCCACACUCUUUCCCUCUCUGUCGCUCUGCUUAUUCCGUUUGCCGCCUACACACACAGACACACACACCUACAUUCGCGAAAAGCGUGAGCUUUGUUGUUGGUUCUCCCACUUCCUUUCUCUCUGAGGCGCUGCUGUUGUUGUUGUUGCCGCUGAGCAAAUGGCAGACCCUCUAAGCGGGCGCCGCUGGUGAGAACAUGUCGUAAUGGCCAGAGAGGAGUCUCGCGGCAAGAGACCACUGAAAAUCUGGGACAGCUGGCGGAAUGUGCGCAAGGGCGUCGUAGUUGGGACCUUCGAGGAGCUCUUGGUCCGCGGCAAGGAUAAGCUGGGGGUUCCUGCUUCAGAACCGGUGCGCGUCGUUCUGGAGUGUGAUGGAACCCAAAUCGAGGAUGGCGAAUACUUUCGCACCCUGGCCAACAAUACGGUGCUGUUGCUGUUGAGGCAGGGCGAGCGCUGGUAUCCCACUGGCGUCGAUGUCAUAAAGGCUGCCAUAUCAGCUAUACCGAAAAUCGUCUGUGAGACGAUCCAUGCGCUGGAGCUGCACGAUGAGACACCGUCGUGGAAGAUCAUGGACAACAAAGGGCGUGUCACGGUCGUUCUGCACUGGGAUCAGCGGCAGGGUGGAGGAAGCGGCGGCGGCGGCGGCGGAGGCAGCAGCGGUGGCGCCGGCGUCGGAGUGGGGAGCAUGUGCUCCGGCCUGGGCAGCAGCAAUGGGCUGCUGUCGUCCGACAAGUACUCGCCCUCGAAGAAGGGCCUCUCCGCGCAGAGUUCGCUGGACAACAAGUCGGUGUCGUCGCAGUCCUCCCAGCCGCGCUAUGCCAGCCCCCAAAUAACGGUGAUCAGCGAUGACGGACCGGCGAGCAUAUACCAUCCCGGUGGCGUUGUCCUGCCGCCAGGAGUUGUGAUACCCGGCGGCAGCAGGCGACUGUCCAAGCAGGGCAGCUCCUUCGACAGCACCGUGGGCGUGGGCGUUGGAGCGGUCCAUGUGCAUACGCCCGAGUGCGCCCACCAUGCCCACACGCCCAGCAGGGCUGGCAGUCCCAGCACCACCGAGUGCGACUUCCACUGCUGUGCGCUGCACGAGGAGGGGCGCAAGAUCGCGGUGCACAAGAGCGUGGCCACUUCGCCCAUCCAGGACGGGAGCAGCAGUCCCCAGCCGCAGUCGGCACCAUCGGUUAUGGAUCCUAUGCUCGGCGGAAGUGGCAGCGGCGGCGGCGGCGGAAGCGGCAGCAUGCAGCGCCGCUCGUCGGGCGCCAAGGGCCAUGUGCGAUUCCUGGACAUUGCCCCGGAGCGGGACAGUUCCGAGAGCGAAACGGAGAACACGGUGAUGGAGGACGACAAGACGACGACGGAGAAGUUUCUGCUGCUGAUCGACCAGCUGUCGGUGGACCAGAAGCGUCACCUCAGCAUCAAGGACAUCGGCAUCAUACUGGAGCGCCUCAAUUCCAAGAUUCUCGACGUGGAGCGAUUGGAUCGCGAGUCCGAGUCGGACGAUUGCUACAACUGGACGAUAAAGGCGACAAUACGUGGCGAUGCGUUGCGCGAACUGGGCGUCAUCUACAAUGGCAACUACUAUGCCAUCUCCGAGCAUCCCGGCUACAAGGAGGAGCUGGAGGAGAACGGUGAGGAGGUCGAGGAAGAGGAGGAGGAGGACGAGGAGGACAGAAUUUAGAGUGCCAAUGGCGGGCAGUCAGACGGGCAAACCCACAGGUUCACGAAUGUCCCACGUUGGGCGCCACGGAAGGUAUCAAUAAACUAGCGCAUUUUACAGAAACAAAAAAACGAAAAAAUGAUAAAACCAAAAAUAGGAGUAGCCCAGCAGCUCAACACACGAACACAAUCUCACACACACACACACACACACACACACACCAACAUGCAUACAUAUAUACAUAUAUACUUAUAUAAAAUAAUUACAAGAAUAUAAUAAUGCAAAUCGCACAUUGUACAAUAGUGAAGUAAGCAUAAACGUGAAUUAUAAAAAAAAGGCGAAAGCAAAGCAGCCACACAUCCAGAAACACACACCCAUGCCCAAAACACCAGCAACAAGCGCGAAUCAUGUAAACGCAGUUUUUUGUAGCAUUUAGCCAGAAUUCUCAAAGACGGGGACCGACAUUAAAUGAAGGAGUAAAGCGGGUUGUAAACGGUGCAGCUGCUGGCUUGAACCAUAUAUAACACGGUUGAAUCAUUGGACACCAAAUGGUGCAAUCACUUCACCAUUUACAACAAGCUUUAGGAAUCUCAAGUUUAAAUUCAAACUCCCAAAAUAUUCACCACCCAGAUCAGUUGCAAACCCUAAAAAUCCUCAGAACCACCCAUCCUUGUGUUGUUAUCGUUGUUGUACAAUAGAUGUUUCGUAUUCCGUUGUGAUUGUGUGCCAAAAUAGCCUUAUUUAGUUGGAUAGCCCCAAACACAGACUGCCACUCGAGUCAGGAAAUCUAAUCUAAACCCAAAGACUAUAAGUUGUGAAAGAGAUAUAGAUAACAGAGACUAUAAAUUGUUGUUGCCACAAAGCAAAAGAUGACGGGGUCUAACUGUAUUUCAGUCGGUCUCUCGUUUCCUAUGUAGUGAGUUCCUCAAUUGCUUUUCCAACCCAAUCCCCCCACUAUUUGUAUAGUUCCUGGACAGCGUAACACUCUGUUUGAGGCCUAUUAUUUAUUAAUGUUGCAUUUCUCCUCCCGAUAUAAAGAAUUCCAUGACGAAUCAUCCGCAUCAGCAUGUAAAACUGCCGUUAUUUGUAGUGUUGUCAAACGUUCAACAAAAUCGCGCACAAUGUUAAAAUUAAACACAGAGAAUAGAAACAAUAAGCAAGAUGCUCGAUGCUCGCAAAAUGCCUGACAAACAGACUAAAAAAUAUGUGUAGUAGAUAUACAUAGAUCGCCCCCGCAUGGCCUCCAAAAUCAGCCGUAGAUCCAUUGGGAGUAUCUGUCAGAAGACAUCACACGAUCGCAAUCGAAAAUGUAAUUGAAUUUGAAAUAAUGCGUAAAAGCGAAAACACUGCCAACAUCGCCAUUAGCAUUCGCAUCUGUAUCUGCAUCUGCAUCCGUUGGGUUAGGCUUUCAACUUCCAGAACUAUGACUGUUCCAUACGGGUAUAAAAAAUCGGGGUAAAUGGAGAGGGUCGGACGUUGUAGGAUUCUUGGCAAUGACUCAGAAAGUUUAAAAAUGAUCUUCCAAAAUAAAUUAUUUUUAAGGAAUUUUCCAAACUAGGAUCAAAGUUUUUCAAAAUUUGUUCAGAAUAUGGCUAAUUAUAUACUGAAAAACUACAUUUUUUUUAACUCAGAUAGAAAAGAUAAGAAACUUCUUUGGUUUUCAUUUUACGAUAAUACAUAGAACAACAAUGGUUGAAUUUUACCAUCUAAAUCUCAAUAUUUUAUUUUAAUAAAAGUUCAAUUAUGUGUUCUAAUAUUAUCAAUAAUUCAAGGGUUGACGAUUCUUAAUCUAAAUUUUAUAUUCAUUGCUAUUUUACUCAAUAAAUUGUAAAGAAAUUGUUUUCUUAA